GCGAUAUAUAUUCAUAUGUAAGGCGAAGGGAAUGACCAUCCAUAUAAAUUUUCACCCCAGAAUAAUUUCGGAAGUCAUUAUCAUCGAAUGUUCUCUUAAGUUGUAUACAACCUCAGUCUCACUAAUCACAACACAACAGAAAAUGUCACCACCACGUCAUCUCAAAGACACUCCGAUGGAUUCUGGGUAUUCAUGGAUCAUUCUUAUGGCGUCCGCUGGUAUAUACAUGCUUCUUGGAGGGACUGCAAAGGCCUAUAGCAUUUUCUACACAGAAUUUCUGCUGUAUUACGGCACCGGAUCCGGAAAUACCGCAUGGAUAGGGAGCGUCAACUCAUUUUUAUUCUUCGCUAUGGGUCCACUUGCGAACCGUCUGUCGGAAGUUUUUACGUUCCGUCGAGUAGUCUUACUGGGCGGUCUGUUACACGGGAUUGGAGUGUUCGCCAGCGCGUUCAUGCCUUAUAUGGAACUCCACUACAUAACUAUCGGGCUGAUAUCUGGCGUUGGUGGAGGAUUGGCAUUCACACCAGCUAAUACGAUUGUGAGCUUUUACUUUGAAAGAAGACGUGCAUUGGCCAACAGCAUUAUGAUUUCGAUAGCGGGGCUGGGCAGUUUUCUAUUUCCAUAUGUAAACAGAUUCUUAAUUGACAGAUAUGGGAUUCAUGGAGCGCUUAUGAUAAUUGGCGGCUUCUUAACCCAUAAUUGCGCCUUCGCUUUACUUCUACGACAGCCUUCUCAACUUAUAAACAAGUUCAGGAAAUCCAAUGCUCUUGAUAAUGCCGAAAACAUUAGGAACAAUACAGAUGCAUCUGUGGCAAGUCAAGAAGGCGUCAUAGAAAACAACGUAAACACAGAUAAAUUAUUGGAGUGCAAUGAAACACACGUCGAAAUGAAAAUCGAUCACACAAAGGACAAGAAAAAUCGUCCAUCGUUAUCAAUUUCAAACUUAUUUAAUUUUUCCUUGUUUCGUAAUCAGAGGUUUGCAAUGUAUGCUAUGGCCUAUACAGUAAAUACGUUUGCGUAUAUUGGAAUAUACAGUACAUUACCGGCACACAUUAUAUCACUAGGCCUGGGAAAAGAAAAAGUCGUCACUGCACUGUCAAUAACAGGAGCAAUGGAAAUAGCCAGCAAACUUUUCUUUGGGUGGAUUGUGGAUAUUAAAAUAAUGAGCGUUAAAAAGCUGCUACUUAUAACCUUCAUUGUGAGCGCUAUUGCUUCCCUAGCAAUUCCAUUCUUUGAGAAUUUUAUUGCCAUCGCGGUGUAUGCUGGGAUAGUAGGUGUGUUUCCCGGAAGUUAUUUUACUUUAAUGGCGGUUGUGUUGCUGCAGUGCAUCCCGCUCACGGAUCUAACAAGUGGAUUUGGCCUGACUUUUCUAUGCUUGUCAUUUGGUGCAGUUCUUUGCCAACCAAUAGCAGGCUGGAUUGAGGACGGCACAGGAACAUGGGAUGCCUCCUUCUGGUUUCUUGGUGGUAUGUCUUGUCUGGCUACCCUUAUAGUUCUCUGUGAACCAUUAUUUGUCAAACAUUGGUUCCUAAGAGUCAAACCGAAAAAUAGCAUCAACACAAAAAAGCCGGAAAUGACGUCAGACCUGAAAGACUCUGGCACACUUGACAGGAGAUAUAGCCUGGAGCUUGUGACACGCUCUGACAAAGACUACAAUACUGCAUUAUGAAUUAAUGGCAUUGUGUAUUAAUGAAUCCAAAUGUCCAAUUCCCAUUGUUUUGACCAAUGACUUGGCAUAUGUAACAAAAAAACAGUGAAGAAAUCGGAAUGUGUUGAUAGAUAUGUCAAACACGCAUUUCCAACGUCAUCAUCCUCACAAGCUGAUCAUGUGAUCUGCAAAGAAGGAAAGCAUAUGUGCAGUAAAAAGCAAUUGCUUUAUCAGAUUUAAACUUAAAACGAACAUGAAUAUAGUCCUAUUUCCCCAACAAUGCCUUUAAAUCCUUUACAGUGAAGAUGAUAGAAAUUACAGAGCACUCAUACUCAUACACACUCAUACAUUCGUUAUUAUCAACGACCGAACGGGAUAAACUGAAAAUAAUAGAUUUUGGCAACAAAAUAAAUGACGCGAUUGAUCUCCUUAA